GGGAUUUAGUCUGAAAUGUCUAGGAAACACAAUUGUCUGCAAAAUGUAAGAAGUUUAUUAUUUUCUGAUUUGUCAUUAAACACUCCCUUUAUCCAAAGCUUUUAUGUUCUAGACAAGAGCGUCCAACGUCAAAUUCCACCUCUUGUUUAGAAAUUUUAUAUGAUCACUUUCUAAACUGCGAGUAAAAAAAAAACUUCUAGAACUUUGCCAGAUUCUAUACAUUUCUUGAGUUUUGAAUCUUCCCUCGUGGUCCAAUUUUUCAUGUUGCAUUGUGGUAAAUUUUUAAAGGGAAAGUCUAGGUGAUACACUCCUUAUGGUUUAUUAAAUCAGGGCGUAUUUUAUCAUUUCAGUUUAUUGUAGCGGUUCUAAGGAUUGGCAUGAAUUUCACUUUGCUGUAUAUAGAAUAGAAUAGGCUUUAACACAGGAGGUGAUAUAACACACAAAAGCUAUUAGUUGGCUGCUCAUUAAAAAAGAACCUGUUAUACUAAACAGUGAAAAGUUUUAAAAUAUGUUUAACAAUAUUUUCAACCAGUGUGCCACUCCCCCCAAACACGCCAAUACCACAACUAGUAAAUUCCUUACACAGUGGAUUCAAAUAAUGUCAGCGCUAUCACUUCUAAUGUGCCUAAACAUUUACUGAUCUUAAUCUCAUUUGUUGUUAUACUUAAACAGUUUACUAGUGUGUAUACCUUUUAAGCCGUUAAGGACACAACUUCUGGAAUAAAAGGGAAUCAUGACGGAAUAUUUCCGUCAUGUGUCCUUAGGGGGUUAAACUAGAAUAGAUAUUUACUACGUGCAGUAUAUUAAUAAUAAUGACGCACUCACCCUUUCCUGAGCUAUAUAACCCAGCUCUGCUAUAGAAGGCCUGUGGGGCUGUAAAGGUGCUCCCCCCCCUCCCCAACUCCCUUUCUUCUAGAUUUGUAAUAGACUUCUCUUCUAAAGGGAAACAAAGUAUUCAUAGUAUAAUAUUACUUUAAAAGUUUAUAUAUAAUAAGACACUAUUACAUUGUAUAUUCCAGUAAAGAGCCUUGGCAAUGGCUUGGUUGUUGCAGGAAACUGCAUGACUCAAUGUGUUUACAAAGUAUAUACUUUAUUAUUACUUUUUAAAUGUUAAAGGCAAUAGUAUUAAAAAAACAAUUGGUAUAAAAAACAAUAGUGUGUGUGUGUGUGUGUGUGUGUGUGUGUGUAUAUAAAUAUAAACCAUAUCGGGGACGGAGCCAGCAACCGCACGGAACGGACGUGUCCCUCAGGAGCUCCGCCCAAGCCGGGGAAAACCAAGCUGUUUUUGCCCAAUCUACCCUGCCAUACCAGUCCUACCAACUUACCAAGGCAAUGGGGCGCAAAAGCAAAAAAUACCGGACGGAAAAACACCCAUCCACCGCUGAUAUCGGCAAGUUUUUGUGAAGGCCACAAGCAUCCUCGAGACCUGUCAUGGCGCCGCUCUCCGACGCACCGUCCCGAACAUCCAGUGAAGACUCGCUCUCCAACCUGGAACUGAUGGCGGAGACACAGAGAGCAGGCAAGCCUAAGACACGGAGCAGCCCCCCAGUCACUGAAGACCGACUGAAAGCCCGACAUAUUGUGGCGGACAUCAACUCAUUUAAAGAGGAAAUCCAUGGGGUGUCAGUGAGACUGCAUAACACAGAAAUCAGCACAGCAGCACACGAGGCCCGCAUUAAUAGCCUUGAGAAUGAGCUGACUAAGACCAAGAACAAUUUAAUCCAAACCCAGCAUCAAGUUGCAGCAAUGAAAGAUCGUAGGCGAUGGAACAUUGUUAAAAUAAGGGGCCUGGCUGAAAGCGGAACAACUGCGGAAAUCCCCCACCUCAUCCGAAGACUGCUAUCCAGCUUAUUCGCACCAAAACAAGCCAAAGCCAUGAUGCUGGAGGGGUGCUACAGGCUACCACAACUGCAAGCGAACUCCCAGCAAACCGUUGAUACCUCACGAGACUGGGACUCACAAAAUUGCCGACAUAACUGAAAUGGGCACCAUUCUCCACCAACUUGGUCUCCCCCCCGCGGAGGCGGGCCGCACCAACCAGCGCCAAAGCCUAAGUCACAGAUAUGGGACUUGGACACUAUCCGCCCGUUUGUCCUGGCUUCCCAACGGAAUAACACCGCUAACACCGAGACAGCUUGAAUGUCCAAUGCUUCCGCGCAAUGUUCAUAGUACUGCUAGUAUCCAAGUUACUGUUUAAUGUGUUGCAUUGUUUAUUCAAUAAUUAAGUACUUAAACCUGCACAAUGUGUGGACAGAUAGCUGUCCUUGGAGACACAUCUCACCAAUCCCUCACCCGCUGGCUACGGGGUAUACGUACCCUUUUCUUUCUCCCCACUCACCCCAAUGAUUGAUUUCAGCACUAAGUUACAUGUUAAAGCGGGUGUUUGCCUUUUGUGCUAUGGCCAUAAAUGUUAAUGUCCUACACUCGAUGUUCCCAAGAGGCUCAUAGUCCUCACUGCCCCGCGACAACAUUGGAAUGUACCAAUGAUCUUCCUAAGAAGGGCACUCGGCAUAGUUUAGCUGAGUUGAUUAGCUAAUGUUUUCUAUAUCUCUUUAAGAUAAAACCCUCAGACCAGAUGUAAUCUACAAUGUUAAUUAUGAGAGACUAGGCUGGGUUUGCCAUAUACUGUUGUUUCACAUGCCUCAAAACACGCCUUGCCUCUUACCCGAUGGCACAAAACCUCCAAUACACACAAGCUGGUCUGUGAGCUAUUCUUCGCCCUGCUUGAGUUAUCCUGUUUUAUUGCAUCCCUAAUUAGUACACAGCUUAACUAUUAUCUACUAGUAAUCAUACCAAAUGUGCACGAAAAGUAUUUGCCAUGCGAAUGUUAUAUUAUUAUGUAUAAUGAAACGCUUGCAUCAGCUGUCGUGGCAAUGCAAGCUGUCUGUACAGAACAAGCACAAUAAAAAUAAAGAAUUUAAAAAAAAAAAAUUUUUUUAUAUAUAUAUAUAUAUAUAUAUAUAUAACGAUAUAAAUAUCAAAUGUGCCAGAUUGGUGCCUGUAUUGUUUAUCUUUAUAUACUGUUGUUGUUUUUAUUAUUUUAAAAGUAAUAAAGUAUAUACUUUGUAAACACAUUGAGUCAUGCAGUUUCCUGCAACAACCAAAGGGUGGUCCUUAACCCACACAAUGCUGUGUUACUGAGCCAUUGCUAAGGCUCUUUACUUGAGUAUACGUGAGUAUAUUUUUAUAUAUAUUAACUUUAAAAGCAGUAUUACACUAUGAAUACUGUCUGUUUCCUGAGCUACAUUUAGAAGAUAAGUCUCCUACAAAUCUAGAAGAAGGGGGGGGGUUCCCUCUACAGACCCUCUAUACCAGAGCUAGGUUAUAUAGCUCAAGAAUAUGUGAGUGCUCCCUUUGUAUUGAUAUAUGUAUGUUGUUUUGUGCUAUUGCACAUAUCUAUUAUAUUUAAAAAGGUAUACACACUGUGAAAUAGUUUGAUCAAUAAAUAAGCAUGAUUAGUAAAUGUUUAUACACAUUAGAAGUGAGAUCACUGAAAUAAUUAGCAUUUUAAUAAGCGCUCCACUGUGUAGGGUUUUUGUUAAAAAAACAAACAAAAAAACCUUGUCUGCUUUAUGCACAAGUUUUCAACCCGCAUCUUGUUCAGCAAACGCAGUCACCACAUCCGAAGUGACCUGGAGAAAUCUCUGCACCAUAUUCUGGGAUACCUUGCUUGUCAUUAAGGGGAACUGCAGCUAUCUGUGAAAAUCACCCUGAAUACUCCCCCUCUCAUUUAUGGGAUGGUUUUAGUAACUUCCAGAUAUGUAUAACAUUUAAUGUGUUUAGUGUAAAAUAACUCUUGUUCAUUUUUGUAUUUUUUUUUAAAUUGUAGAAGGAAGCUUGCGCCCCCUGGUGUCUAGAGAGUGACACAACUGGUUUUCCUGUCUGCCUGUUAUAAGAGUGAUUGUGUGUGUGUGUGUGUGUGUGUGUGUGUGUCUGCGUGCAUGCUUUUAAUCAGCAGAUUAUGUUGAGACAUGUCUUAUAAAAUGUAAAAUGUGAGUUUUAUUUUCCUUUUAGUUGAUGUAGAAAAAUGGAGGCGGGGGGUGAUCUGUUUCUGAUGUAUCGGUAUAUACAGUUACGUCAAUUGAUAAACUAUUGAAAUCCGUGCUUGCUCUGCUUUGCGUGAGAUAUAAAGUUAAUCUGUAGACAGACAGGAUUUGGUGUAUUUGUCGUGAUAGCACAUUUUAUUAAUCUUACACAUUAAUUUUCAGCAAUAUUUCCCCUUGUAUAAAUAAUAUAUUGAUUGUGUGUUUUGUUUUUCUUGCUUAACAGUUGACUGCUGAUCCGUGAGAUACUUGCCUCCCCAUGGCGUGUAAUGCGGUCUGUGGUUACAGUGGCCAAUAUGAAGCUACCCUCUUCCCAAUUAUUUACUCCCUCGUCUUCAUCGUUGGUCUGAUUGGCAACUUGGCGGCCAUUGGUGUGAUCGCUCAACAUGUCAAACGCGGCAAUGUCCUUGGCGUGUACCUGGCCAAUCUCUGCGCCUCUGAUCUCAUGUACAUCUGCACUCUUCCUGUAUGGAUUGCUUAUACAGCCAAGGAGGACUGGCUUUUUGGAGCUUUGACCUGCAAGAUUGUUGGCUUCUUUUUCAACGCUAACCUCUACACCACCAUAGCGUUCCUGAGCUGCAUAGCUGUAGAUCGCUUUGUAGCUACUGUUUUCCCUUUUCGGGCUGUGGCCAUACGGACUAUAAGAGGUGCAAUGUUUAUCUGUCUAGCGGUUUGGUUGAUCAUCCUGGGCUCUCAUGCCAUAUUCCUCGGCAAGGAUGAACUGUUUAACUCCAGCCAGAACGUCAAGCUUUGCUACGAAAAGUAUCCGAUGGAUAGAUGGAUGGCUCGUGUUAACUAUUUUCGUAUUUUUGUGGUAUUUCUUAUUCCCCUGGUACUUCUCAUAGUCUCCUACUGUUCCAUAGUCCGAGUAGUUCACCGUAGUCCCAGCUUGGAAAUAAAUAAAAAACGCAAGAUCAUUGGACUUCUGUUGACUAUGACAGCCAUCUUUGUUAUAUGCUACCUUCCCUACCACAUUGUGCUCUUCAUCCGUUCCUUCAUCAGCGAUCGGAAUAUCUGCACCUGCGACAUAGAGAACAAAGUCCGUCCAGCCUAUCGGAUCUGUUUCAGCCUUACGAGCCUCAGCAGUGCCUUGGACCCUUUUAUCAAUAUCUUUGUCAGUGAGAGCAUUAAGAAGGAUCUGCUGAAGGAAGUAAGGGCUCUGUGGGCUGGCUUUAGGAUUCUGAAGAACCCAAGAGCCUCUUUAAGGCGGUCAGCAAAAACAGUGGGUUAUAAUACGGUGACUAAUAACAUAGAAAAUGACCAUCUCUUGGUGGAACAGAGGAAAGAUGAGACGGCGUUAUAAACCGUACAUGCACAGACUGAUCUACGUGGCUGGAUUUUAUAAUACUGUCUUUUGGACGUUUAGGUCAUUAAGUGAAAUGCAUCUAAAUAAAGUCUCCGAUUUACAAAAGAGAUAAUGCACACAAAGUGACUAAUGAGGAGCCUCCGGCCUCCCUACACGAACACUCAAUCCUGAUUUACUACAGGAAAGUGCCACCGGUGAGCGGUGUAGAGAAUGAAUGAAAGACACAAGCAAGUUGGCAGACUGUACAAUAUCUGUCUGUCUUUAUUUUUCCACAAAGGUAUAAACCUAGACAUUUAAUAAAGACAUCUGGGUCCAUUAUUUUAUUUACCCAAAAUGCACUGCGCUCUGGAAGGGAAUAUAUGUUUACAUAUCGAUGUCUAAUAUCUGAAGAUUCUUUACAAUAAAAUUACAUCUGUAUCCGUUUUGUAGAAAACCAUUUACAGUGAGGGGACAGUUAUCCCGUGGGAUGGUGUGACCUACUCAUGCAGAAGUCCCUUUUUAUUUUAUUAACCCAUUGCAUGCAAAGCCUUGAUUUUUCUCAAAUCAUUUUGGAAAGUCCAUGGUGUCAGCCUGGAUAGGAAACCGCUGUAACCUAGGGUCAUCCAAACUGAGCCUCCACCACUGGACUCCAUUUCUCAGAGGAUUAUACGGAAUGCAGUCCAAAACCUUGAGGGUCAAAGUUCGGCACUGAUAUUGUAUGCUUACUGAUUUUUUUUAAAUUUCACUUUACUGUCCUUAAAAUCAAACCUAUGGAAGCCGAGAGAGGAACCAUUUAUCAUUUCCUUAGCACUAGGAGAGGAUUACAAAUGGGUGAUGUACAGGAAGCAAACUUGACUGAUCUGAAGGAAACUUGUUUUCAUGUCUACUCCAAGGUGGGACGUUCUCGCCUUCAGCCGCCUAAGUGUAAAUUAAAACCAACACCAACGGCCACCAUAAAACGUCUGAAUUAAAGCUGCCUAGAGUACUUACAAACACCCCGCAUUAUUCUCACUGUGCUAAGGCCAUGUUGCAGUAGCUCUCACGUUUCAAAUGGAGUAGGCUUGCCAGCAUAACAAAUUCUACAUUUAAAGACCUUAACAUGAGAUUUUAUAUCCUUAAUAGUGACAUCUGGGAAAUCUGAAAUCAAACUUGCAGAAUUAUUUUAUUUUUUCUUAAUUCAUAUUAUUUUUGCCACAAUUCUGCAAAUCGAGAAAAAAACUAAAAUAAAUUUCUGCCGAAGUAUUAACUUAAAGCUCCAGAAUAAAAUUGUUGCUUUGCGUUAAAUGUUCAGGUCCAGCAUUAACCAAACACACAGAUGAGGUCUGAUUUAUACUAAGGUGUACGGUCAUUUCUAGGCCUUGGUACAGAAUGCUGGUCUAUAUCGAAAACGCUGGGAAAAAUAUUAAAUCUUUGCUCUUGCUUGGAGCAUAGUCUGAACAGCAUGGUGGCUUUCUGAUGUAGAACAGUCUUCCGUGAUUAGGUGGAAGAAGCUUAUUUUAUCCCCAAUGAGUUUUGAAACUCCUAUUUAAAGAUGAACAAUCCAUUUGUUGCAAAAGGUAGUAGAUCCAGGACUCACUCCUGCAGAUAAAGGGUUAAAACGAGAGCACUAAAAAUGCAGUGUUUUAAAACAAACUGCCUAAUGUGUAUGUAACAUAGAAACAGAACACGCUAAGCUGUGCAUAGUGAAUAUUUUGCAUAUGGCUGCUGUGUUUAGAUGGGUGUUCGCCAGGGAGUGGUAAAAUUGGGCCCCAGUCUUGCCAGCUACUCACUGUAUUUUCUGGCAAAGAUUUAUGUGAGUUGUAGUCCAGAAAUGGGUACGGUUACACAUAACAUGGCACCUGCUCCCUCCACUAGCGGAAGUAUCUCAUGCUUUGCAAUAGUGCAAGAGGUGUCUAUCUCCACCUUGAACAUCCGCAGGAUAAUAAAUAUAGCUGGCCACCUGUGUGCAAGUAGAUGCAUCCCUAAACACAGGUGUGUUAGUAGUCUGCACAUGUCCUGUGAUGUUCCGCAGCGACCACUACUGUGCCAGAAUGGGGGGAAUCUGACUGUUUGAGCCUGUACCCCCAUAACGCACCCUACACACCAGUACCGUGAGAGUCAAGAAUUACUGUUUAGUACAUAUCAAUAGGUCAAGUGUUGCGAGCAAGAUUUCGGGACAGUUACCCUUUUUUGGGUUAGAUUUUGCGUGGCCCCAUUUCUCAGUAUCCUCCUCGUACAUGGCUUACUAUUUGGCCCUGUACAGACUUUAUUUUACCUCUGAACAUUCCCUGCAUGGGCUGAUUCUGUGUAGUUUCUCCAUAAAGUCAAUAAGUGCUAAUAGGCGUGGCUUAGUAUUGGCCCUGCCCAUGCAGUACUGUCUGCUUACAGUCUAACCUUAAUUAACCUAGGUCAUGCAGGUAAUGCUUCAUGAAGGGAGGGGAACCAGUACUACUUGUACCACGGGCUCCUGGCAGGAACUGGGGUCCUUUACAAACACAGCGAGUUCAAUGUAAUGCCCUUUAAUUAAUGUGCUUUUCAGAUCAUUCUUAAAUUACCCGAGAUUACAAGUCUCUUCAAACCAAAAAAAAUGUUAUGAACUUGUCUAGUGGCAGUUUGACUGGGAUGAUAAAAUUCUUCUAUUAAAAACCUACAAGUCUACGUUAAAAGAUGAGAAACUAGAACAAAUCCCAGUUCUGUUUGAGAUGGGGAGGGGAAUUCCUAAUGGACUCUUACAAACAUGGCGGCAUUGUAAAUGGGAGUUUAUCACCUCUAGUGACCUAUAGUCAAUUAUCAGGGGCCAUAUUUAAAGGCACGUAUGUCGCCAUGUCCACUGCUACUGCUAGCCGUUUAUCACUCCACCAAUCUUACAGGAUCUGACAUUUAGGACCAGCUAACGGAGGAGGAGAUCAGGUAUGUUUGCAGAGAGUACAUUGAUUGAGCAUAUGUAUCUGUGUUACACGUUUACCCAAUGAUAGAGCAUUGUUCCUCUGAUUCAUCAGCCAAAGUAAAAUGGCUUGUGGACCAAGUAAAGGUGAUCUUACCCACCACUGCUUAACUGUGGCAAAGCAAAAUCUCUCUCUAAAAAUGACAGUCUUUCAUUCUAGAACUAGCUGUGCUCUUUUUCAACCAUCGAAGGUCGUAACUUUUGAAAAUAUAUUGUUUUAGCUUUCUUUGUGACAAACUGCUAGAGACCUGAGAAUCUCUCCCAAACCCAGCACCGAACGCUGUGGUCUUAAUCCUGCCCGUUCUAUUAAAUACCACUUGCUGCAGAUACGCAUGAUUUAUGGAGCCCUACAGAGAGCUAAAUCCAAUUUUACCCCACAGGGCUCUGGGAGAACCAAGUGAACGUGUAGUGGGAUGGAAGUUUAAGGAUGAAAGAGGAAUGGCUAUGCCCAAAAUGUCUUUUGAGGGGGUGAAGGACAAUGUCCAGGUAAUGCAUAGACAAAAACAAGGCAGAAGGCAGAGGCCCUGUUGUCCUCUGUCCACCUGUAGAAACAGAAGCCAUCUCUGAAGAUGUCCUGUCUGGGACAGGCCAUAGGAUUGAUGGAAGGGCGUGUAGAAGGUCCACGUUAUUCGUGGUUCACUUCUUCUUGCCACCUGCGCUGGAUCUGCGGUCAGUCUCGCGUUUUAUAUUCCCUUCAUCCGUGGAGGAGGUAGUGAGAAGGGUCUGACUCCACUUCGAGAUCUCGCUGUGUUCGGAAACCGAUGUGGUUACGG